UCGGGGGAGAAAUGGUGGUGGGUUUUGGUAUGAAGCUGUCAAUAGCAAUAGAAGGGGAGAUUGAUCUGGGUUAAGGGGCAUAAAUAGAGAAGAAGAGGUGGGGGUGGGAGAAAGAAUGAGCAAAGAACUGAGUGGCAUUGUGAAGGCCUUAGAUUUCACCAUAAGAAAAGCACAAGCAGUUGCCAAGAAGAAGAGAAGGGCCAUAUUAUCAAGGAUGUCAGUGGCCCAUGUGGAUGAUGAGCUUGGAAUUGAUACCCCAGGGGAGGUAUACCAUGCUGAGAAGGUCCUCUACAAUGGGGACAUCUACACAGGCCAGUGGGCAGAGAAUUGCCCUAAUGGGCAAGGCAAAUAUCUCUGGGCAGAUGGGUAUAUGUAUGUUGGGGAUUGGGUGAAUGGGAAGCCUAUGGGCAAAGGCAGGUUCAGUUGGCCCUCUGGUGCCACCUAUGAGGGCCAAUUCAAGAAUGGUUACAUUGAUGGUGAGGGCAUUUACACUGGCAGCUCCAAUGAUGCCUAUAGAGGGUUUUGGGUUUACAACAUGAAACAUGGUAGAGGCUCAAGGUAUUAUCCCAAUGGGGAUAAGUAUGUCGGGGAAUGGCGACGAGGGCAGCUAAACGGUCAAGGGAAGUAUCAAUGGAGCAAUGGGACUCAAUAUAUUGGGCAAUGGAGGAAUGGGAAGAUGUAUGGGAAUGGCACAAUUCUUUGGAGCAAUGGGAGUCGGUUCGAUGGGUAUUGGGAAGACGGUGAGCCUAAAGGAAAUGGCACGUUUCGAUGGGAGGAUGGGAGUUUGUAUGUUGGUAUUUGGAGUAGGGACCCUAGGGAGCAAAGUGGGACUUAUUACCCUUCAAGUUUAGAAACUAGCAUAUUCGAUUGGGAUCCUCAAGAAAUGUAUUUCCUCCAUUUGGUUGAAUGCAAGGUUGAUCCGGGCGAGAAGAUAACCGUGUUCCCUUCCCAAAAGAUGAUGAAUUGGCCUUGUGAGGGCAAAUUCUUGCAGAAACACCUCAUAAGCAAGACUCCUAGAGCUGCAAACCAGCCGGGGAUCAAGUCUGUGGAUGGAAGGCUCACCGGUGCAGAUGCUAAUAGUUUGGCUGAUCUUCGUCCUGACAUUGAUAAUGGCGUUUCUGGUUUAGAACGAGAGACCGGUGGUAGCUGUGGCGUUAGUGAUUCAGAUGCUUCAAGGGGGUCAAAACCGCUUUUCAGAAUCCAGCCCCCGAAGAGACAGGGCGAAACGAUAUCCAAAGGUCAUAGGAACUAUGAGCUUAUGCUUAAUUUGCAGCUUGGAGUAAGGCAUUCUGUUGGAAGGCCUGCUCCAGCUACAUCGCUUGAACUAAAAGCUACGGCUUUUGACACCAAGAUGAAGGUAUGGACCCGAUUUCCUCCAGAAGGAUCGAAGCACACGCCCCCCCAUCAAUCGUGUGAUUUUAAAUGGAAGGAUUACUGUCCCUUGGUUUUCAGGACAUUAAGAAAAUGUUUUAAGGUGGAUCCAGCUGAUUACAUGAUAUCCAUAUGUGGCAACGAUGCCCUUCGGGAGCUCUCGUCUCCUGGAAAAAGUGGGAGUUUCUUUUACUUGACCAAUGACGAUAAGUACAUGAUAAAGACGAUGAAGAAGUCAGAAGUAAAAGUGCUCUUAAGAAUGCUUCCCGCUUAUUACAAUCAUGUUUGUGCCUUCGAGAACACUCUCGUUACCAAAUUCUUUGGCCUUCACUGUGUGAAGAUGAUUGGACCGGCUCAAAAGAAGGUGAGGUUCGUUAUCAUGGGGAACCUGUUCUGCACCGAGUAUGUCAUCCAUAGACGCUACGACUUGAAAGGAUCUUCUCUCGGGCGCUUGACUGAUAUUCCCGCUGCAGAAAUUGAUUCUACUACAACCCUCAAGGACCUCGAUCUCAAUUUUAUGUUCCGGCUUCAGAAGGUGUGGUUCCAAGAGUUCUGCAGGCAAGUGGAUCACGACAGCGAUUUCCUCGAACAGGAGAGGAUCAUGGAUUAUAGUCUCUUGGUUGGUAUUCACUUUCGAGAAGUUUCACAAUCCGGAGAGCCGGUCAUCUCUGGUUCUCGAACUUCUGGUGUUCAUACGCCUUUUGCAGCGAAUGGAGACUUGGAAGGCGAAAACACAACGACCACCCCUACAAUUUCCCGAGCAGACAAGGAUCUCCUCGAUGAUCCUUCCAGAUGGGUGUCACUGAGACUAGGCGUGAACAUGGCAGCAAAGGCGGAAUUAACAGCGAGGAGAAGCAACUCCGACGUGCAUCAAACAGAACCAACAGGACAGUACUACGAUGUCAUUCUCGUCUUCGGGAUUAUAGACAUCCUGCAAGACUACGACAUAAGCAAGAAGCUUGAGCACGCAUAUAAGGCCUUCCAAUACGACGCUACUUCCAUCUCUGCUGUUGAUCCGAGGCAGUACUCACAGCGCUUCCGAAACUUCAUAUCCAAAGUUUUUGCAGAAGACAGCUGAAGGUACUUUCCCCACUGUUACUACACUGGCAAUCUUAGUUGUUUAAUGACGAACGAACAAAAACAAAAAAAACAAACAAUUUUGUAUCAUUAGCGAGCUUGAUCCCAUAGCGCGGUUUAGUGGCAUUGCAAGAUUUUGUUUGUUUGUGUUUCAUGUUGCAGAACUGUAAAACAGUAGUAUACAUACACAAGUCAGCAACACAUAUAGGUUACAAAUUUGUACACUGAGAAUAUUGUAACACUUAAGGUUGGUGCUAUUGUACAUGAAAAAAUAGAAGGGAAUUUGAAACU